AUGAAAAAUUGCACUCUCCUUAAACAAUUAGAACUCAAUACAAAUACAUACAUUUUGGAACUCAUUUAUAAGAUCUCAUCCAAACAUCAUCUCUCUGAUUUAUAGACUUAAUAAAUUUCAUUGUAUUACAAACAACCACCUUCCAUUAACACCUUUCUAGAAUUAUAUUCACUUAGCAUGUUACGUUGUGAUUGUGUUAAAUAUUAAUAAAUUGUAGAUGAAAUCAAUCAUCUAAUUCAUUCCUACUUUUAAACUUAAACUCCCUUAAUCUAAAACAUCAUUACAUAAGAAAAGAAAAAACCAAUUAAUCAGGAUAAUUAGAAUACUCAGAAUAAUAAGGAUAAUAAGGAUGAUCAGGAUAAUUAGAAUAAUAAGGAUAAUUGGUAUAAUAAGGAUAAUUAGAAUAAUAAGAAUAAUAAGGAUAAUCAGCCUGAGCCUAUGCAAAUUGAAGAUGACGAUGAAUUUAUUAGCAAUAACAAUAAUAAUAAUAAUAAUAAUAAUAAUAAUAAUAAUAAUAAUAAUAAUAAUAAUAAUAAUAAUAUUCCUAUAUCAGAUACAUAAUAAGAUGAUGCUUAAUAACCCUCUCAAUAAACAAAUAUUCCUUCCUCAUAAUAACCAAUUAAUACAUAAUAAACUACUUAACCAUCCUAAACUAUUGAAGAUGAAAUUUGCAUUCCCAAUUCAAUUAAACUUAAAUAUAGAAGAAUAUCUACUGGACCAUCUGAAAAGGAAGCUAGAUGUGAUCAAUGUGUAUGUUAAGGUAAACUUUCAACAGAAUAAGAUAACUUAGUUUAAUGUUUAUUGUGUUUAAAUUACUUACAUUUUACAUGUGUUUCUAAAUCUAAAGAAUCUUUUGAUAAAUGUUAUAAAGAUUUAGAAUUUGUAUGUCCACCUUGUGUACUUAAAUAUAUGGAUCAUUUUAAUAAAAUAUCUGCAACUUUAGUUCCACCUUCUCCAUUUUAAUAAGCUGGAUAAAUUAAUCAUAAAGCAUUUAAUUUUACAUGUGAUCAACCCAUUAUCAAUAUUAGAUGUGUAAGAUAAGAAAAUAAAAUUAAUUGUGAAGAAAUAACUUGGCCUGAUAUUGGUGAAUUAUUUCUAAAUUAAAAGAAAAUCUAAGAUUUCAAACCAUUAAUUAAUAAUCAUAGUCUUAAGAAAAGAAAAGAUGAUUAAAUUCUUACAACUGAAGUACUUACAUAAAAUUGUCUAUAAAUUAAAGAGUGUAUACCUACUCCAGAUUAAAGGAGUUAAUAUCGAAUCUCAUAAGGACAUCUAUAUUUUUUAGGAGUCUAUUCAAUAGAGUAAUUUAAUUCAAAACAAUUACUUGAUAACAUUAUAAAUUAAAGUGAAAAUUGGAUGAAUAUUGAACAAUGUUAAGAUUUCAUAUCUCUUUAUUUAAAUAAACAUUAAGCAGAUGAUAUAAAAGUAGAUAGUAUAACAAUUUAAUUAACAUGUGCAAUCACUUUUAAUUUGAUGAAUACACCUGUAAGAGGGUCUUUCUGUUAACAUAUUUAAUGUUUUGGAUUAGAAAAUUAUAUAACAGCAAUGUAUUAAAUGUAACCUAGAAAAUGGAGAUGUCCCUUAUGUAAAAAGAAACUCUUCACUAUUUAGAUUGAUGCAUAUCAAAAUGCUAUCUUAAAUACAAUAAAAAAAUACGAUUUGUAAAUUAAUGAAAUCAGUUUUGAUAACAAUGGGUAAAUUGUUAAUGAAAAGAUUCAAAAAUUACUUAGUUUAGAUAAUCUACCAAAUUAUGCAAUAAAAAACAGUAAUCGUAUGAUAAAUUUGGAGAUGUUAUCUAAUGAUAGUAAUAAUAUCUUCUUUAAAUUACAGAUUGUCAAAACAAAGGAAUCUAAUUAAAAAUCACCAUAUUAAAAUACCUUAUAGAAUGUGAUUAAUAAUAUGAUGUUGUCAUCAAAUUAACAUCUAAGGAGUAACAGUUAUGCAAAUUUUUAUGCUAAUAAUUAUUACAUAAAUUAAAUGAAAUUACAAUAAUAGGCUAGAUUAGAAGAAUAGUGUAAACUCUAAAAAUCAAAAUUUGGAUAAAAUAAUGACUCAGCCAUUAUUAUAGAAUGA